AUGAGCGGAACAUGGUCAACGGUCACUACGAUCCCACGCGAAAUCGAAGAAGAGAAAGUCCUAGUCGAUCUCAUCCUGCAGGUCAAUAGCAAUGCCUGUAGCUGUUCCCUAGAAUAUAUCAUCGACCUCGCUUUAGAGCGUACCGAAUCUGCUCUUUUUUACAGUUCAAAGCCAAGACAACUAUCCUUUGGCACGAAAUUCAACUACCAACUCCAUCUGGAUAUCGAUCACCCCUAUUCGAGAUCUAGACAUGUCACUCUCACCAUGAACAUAUCAGGCAAUUUGACUUAUCCGCUCACUAUCACGAACACACUAGAAGAGGAUUCGGAACUGAAAAGAGAUGCGUCUAUAGGUUUCUCAAAGAGAUUUGAUAGUCAAGCGACUUUUCGAUCUGAUGUUGAAGAAGAUUGUUAUCCUAUACUUUCACAAAUUUUGGAAGAUUGUCAGAUGGUCGAAGAGCGAAACGUAGAUUCAUGGAAGGAAGGAAUGAAUGAUGAUACUUUCAAGGGUUCCACUCAGAUAUAA